AUGGCUCCGCGAGGCUUUACCAAUCCCGCUCCAAAGACCGAGUCGGCACGGUCAGCGCUGAGCGCCUUUACCUGCACUCUCUGCAACAAAUCAUAUUCCCGGCAUCCUGAGUAUGAAGCACAUAUCGGUUCAUAUGAUCACCAGCAUCGGAAGCGGCUUCAAGAUCUGAAACAGCUCUCGCGCGAUCCAAAUGCCGCUGAGAAGGCUCGGCGGGCCGAGCGUAAGGCGGACGCUGAGGCUGGUCUAAAGGUUAUCGAGACUCCUGAUGCUGCUGCAUCAACUCCUGUGGCCAAGAGUGGUGGUGGCUUUAAGAAGGGUGGGUUUAAGAGCUCUUUUGCUGCUGUGAAGGGUUCCGCGGCUCCUGCUGCUCCUGUGAAGAGGAACGUUCUAGGGGACGACGAUGAUGAAACUCCGAACCCCGUGGACAGUGAUUCGCUUGCUGUUCCUAAUGCUGUCGAGAACGAGGAUCACCGUGAUGAUGACAAUGCUGAAAGCGAUUCUGAUGAGGGAUAUUCACACGGAAGUGGUGCCUACUACGACCCCCGUCGACCUACGGAUUGUUUUGCGGGAUGUGCAGCUCAAAAUCCAAAGGUUGCUACGUGA